GCUGUUUUUAAUCAUCAAGCUUGCCCUCCAUGCGCUCGUUACUUGUUGGCCAGGCGAACAGGACAGCAAGCUCCCAGCCUUGGUGGGGCUCUCUGCCACAGGGGCAAUGACCGGCUUUGAUUAGGUAACCACCACGAAGAGACCUUCUGUGAGGGCGCGUAUUCGAAGCUGAUGCCGAGGGAGGUUGCUUACAUAUGGUAAAAGUACCGUGCCAUCAAUCCGGCCAACUUCUUACCCGCCCUUUCGCACGUCAUGCAGUCUGACUUGACUUUGGCCUAGGGCUGAAAGUGUGAGACGUCACUCUCGGACUGACUAUGAUAUCCAUUAUAUUACCUGCCAUGGUUUGUUCACUUUCCGAUGUAAGCAGUCGGUGAUAUACAGGGCGAACCGUCAGUCGACUCGGUCGGACCUCUGAGACAACCUCGCGCAACAAACUGACACAGAUACAUUUCUUGAUCAUAUUACACCAACAAGUCGUAAUUGUAUUACUCUACUCGUUGACGAGCCCCCCAAAGCAACUGUUGUCGACUCUUCUAGCACUCCAGAUCUCAAAAAGACCAACCACAAUGGCUCCGUCGAAACCGUUUGGCAAAUUGCCAGCGAAUGCCGCCUCGGACAUUCACGAGUACGAGCUACACGUCCCUGACGAGGAUAUCAAGCAGAUGCAGGAACUGCUCAAAUUCAGCCCCGUCGCCGGUCCCAUUUACGAAAACUCCCUGCCAAACGGCGACAACCACCUGGGUAUCCGACGAGACUGGUUGAUCGAAGCCAAGCGUGUAUGGGAGACUGAAUUUGACUGGAGAGCCACCGAGAAUCGAGUCAAUUCGUUCCCAAACUUCCAAGUCCCCAUCCGAGACAAGAUCGGGACAUUCAAUGUCCACUUUGCCGCACUGUUCUCGAACAAACCUGACGCGGUCCCUGUUGUCCUUCUGCACGGAUGGCCAGGGUCAUUUCUUGAGUUCUUGCCAAUGUUGGAACUCUUCAGACAGAAAUACACUCCCGAGACUCUACCGUUUCAUCUUGUCAUUCCGAGUUUACCUGGAUUCACACUCUCAGGGAUUCCCAAACUCAGUAACGACAUCAGCCAGGUGGACGUGGCCCGCAUCGUGGACAGUCUGAUGAAACAAAUAGGCUUUGGAACUGGCUACGUCGCUCAGGGUGGCGACGUGGGAUCCAGAGUUUCCAGAAUCAUAGCGGUUGAUCAUGAGGCGUGUAAAGCUAUACAUCUCAACUUUUGCGCCAUGACCCGUCCCGCCUCGGCGACAGACGACUCGAAAUUGUCCUCGAUCGAACAAGACGGACUCAAACGUCUAGAGUCCUGGAAAGCAACCGAGACGGCAUACGCGCUCGAACACGCCACGAAACCGAGCACGAUCGGCUUCGCCUUGAGCAGUAGCCCUCUCGCGCUCUUGUCUUGGAUCGGUGAAAAGUUUCUAGCUUGGGUUGACAGUCCUCUUCCCCUAAACACCAUCCUCGAAUCCGUCAGUUUGUACUGGCUCACCAGAUCUGCACACAGUAGCUUGUGGUCAUAUCGUCAUGUAAGUCCUAUGUCCACUCACUCUACUUGACCUCGUCUUUUCCUAAUACAACACAUUCAAUUCGACACACACACACACACAAACGAUAUGCUGACCAUGAGAUCUCGGUGGUCGGACAAUUAGUCAUACGGACCAAACCCCCUCCCUCACGAUGAUCCGAGAUACCACAUCAAGAUCCCCUUGGGGUAUUCUUACUUUGCAAAGGAACUCAUUCCGAUCCCGAUCGAUUGGGUUGCUACGACGGGAAACUUGGUCUGGCGCAAAUGCCACGAGCGAGGUGGUCAUUUUGCUGCGUUGGAACAACCCAAGGAGUUCAUGGAGGAUCUCGAGACUUUUGUUGGUCAAGUUUGGAAAUCUUAGAGCGGCAGAACAGGUACAUAACGGUGGUUGAUACAAAGUACCAUCACCAAAACCGACCUUACCAAAGUUCUCGGUUCUUUUGUUUCAAGGCUGAGCUCGUGAUGAUUUGGAUUUGGCCUGAACAAGGACCAACCCCCCCAACUUGGAGCCGUGGCUGUGCUGUUUCACCCUCGUCUUUUGUGUAACUUUGGCAUGCAAACUGUCACUUCCCUGGCUUGGCUCGAAACUAGGUUCACAACAACGCAGAGGUCUUAAUCUCCUUCAAGAUCUUCCAAAUCCAUUCCCUCCACCACUCUCGAUUUGCCGCAGGGAACAUUCCAACCUU